AUGGCGUUACGGCUCACCAGCUUGCUCGUCGUCGUGCUCCUCUGCUUCGUCCCAAGCUUAUUUCCUCGCCGUCUCGUCUCCGGGGCCGACCCCGACCACCGGACGACACAUGUCGCCAGCCUCCCGGGCUUCGACGGCGACCUGCCCUUCCACCUCGAGACAGGGUACGUGACCGUCGACGAGGAGAGCGGCGCGGAGCUCUUCUACUACUUCAUCGAGUCGGAGGGCGACCCCGGCGCCGACCCCGUCCUCCUCUGGCUCACCGGCGGCGACCGCUGCUCCGUGCUCAGCGCCAUCUUCUACGAGAUCGGCCCGGUGAAGCUGGUCGUCGAGCCCUACGACGGCAGCACGCCGCGGCUGCGGUACCACCCCUACUCGUGGACCAAGGCCGCCAGCAUCCUGUUCGUCGACUCGCCGGUGGGCGCCGGCUUCUCCUUCUCCCGGGACCCCAGCGGCUACGACGUCGGCGAGGUCUCCACGUCGCUGCAGCUCGUGAAAUUUGUCUACAAGUGGUUCGGUGACCAUCCUGAAUACUUGGCAAAUUCGUUCUACGUCGGUGGAGACUCCUCCGCUGGAAAACUCAUUCCGUUUAUCGUGCACAAGAUUUCAGAAGAUAUUGAAGCUGGGAUGGAACCGAAUCUUAGUCUCAAGGGCUAUCUGUUAGGUAACCCAGGCACAGGUGAGCUGCAGUUUGACGUUGGAUCAAGAGUGCCGUAUGCUCAUGGAAUGGGGAUCAUCUCAGACCAAAGCUACGAGACCAUAACGAGGGACUGCCAGGGGGAUGAGUAUUACAACCCCAAGAAUUUAAUUUGCAGCCAGCAAAUGAACAGGUUCUAUGAUCUGCUCAACGAAAUUUCGACAGAACAUGUUCUUUACAAGAAAUGCAUUGAAGUGUUCCCUGGGCCAGACGACAAUACUCAUAACAGAAUUAUGCUGGAGGGAACUGCAGAACUUGAGCAUCUGGCAGCAGCUCCCCCCUUGGAUUGCAUUACAUAUGGAUACUAUCUUUCAUAUUAUUGGGUUAAUAGAGACAUUACUUGGGAGGCUCUCGGGAUCAAGAAGGGAAGCAUCAAGAGGUGGGUAAGAUGUCAUCAACGGGAUCUACCCUAUUCAGAGGAUAUGGGGAGCACCAUAGAGUACCAUCGUAAUCUUACAUCGAAAGGUUAUCGUGCUUUGAUAUAUAGUGGCGACCAUGAUUCUCUUAUACCCUUCGUUGGCACACAAUCCUGGGUCAGAUCGCUGAACUUCCCCAUUCUGGAUGACUGGAGAUCAUGGCAUAUAGAGGGACAAUCUGCAGGAUUCACCAUAACAUAUUCAAACAACAUGACUUUUGCAACUGUUAAGGGUGGUGGACACACUGCACCGGAGUACCAGCCAGAGAGAUGUUAUGCCAUGUUCAGGCGUUGGAUCUCCAACGAACCACUUUGAUCAGUUGAUUAUAUAAUGGUUACAUUGCAUCUCCAGAUAAGCUAGGAGGGGGAGCAAAGGAUGUGUUGGAAGCGAUGAAAGGGGAGCUGUUGAAGUACAUGCCCAGUAACAAGUUUAAUUUGUUUGUACUUGAUGUGCAAAUCAGCAAAUGUACGGUUUGUACUAUUUGUAUAAUAUUGUACUGAAGUUUUCACUAUGCAUUGCAUGGGAAAUAACAGAUCAUAUUGAUAAUUAAUGUUGGAAC